AUGCUAGGGCGCUCGAUCAGCCCCAAGAGCAGCUCCAAUAACCGCCCCAAGUCCUCCCCAAAGAAGCCGCAACGCAGAAGACUCCAGAUCAACUUGAAGGUUUUUCAUAUUUCCACUGCAGGGACCGAGCCCAAAGUGAAGUCAAGAGGAGCACUGCUCGUGAACAUUGACCGUGCCCAAACAGUUCGAAAGUAUUGGAGUCUGUUCAACUCCCACGACCUUGAGGGGUGUGCAGAGUUCCUGACAAACGACUGUGAAGUUGUUUUGGAAGACGACUGCGAACUCCCGUGGCACGAGAUGAAAAUCGAGUUUGAGGGCCUCUUUCAAUCCUUUCCUGACAUUCGGUUCCCUUAUCAAAAGCUUGAAGUCAAGGACAAUGGCAUGAUCAUUAUUCAAGAAAUGGUUGCCUCUGGAACCCAUACGGGCAAACCGUUCGCCUGCUUUGCUUGUGAAUCGAUUCAAGCUUCUGGCAAGAGCGUCCAAAACGAUCCUGAGUCAAUCACUUUCCACUUUCGAGAUGACAAGAUUUGCAAGAUCGUUGGAAAAGGAGAGGGAGCUAUUGGACCCGCAGGUAUCUAUACACAGAUCGGCGGCUUCCCUCUGGUAUAG